GACGAGGGGCCCUCCCGCGGGAGAGCCGGCGCGCCGCGCCACGGCCGCGUCGUUCACUCGUCCACGGGCACGCACGCGCGACACGGCGCGUGCGUGGCCCGCCCAUACACUUUUUUUACGCACACCAGUUUUGGAUGCAGUCAGUCCCCGGACGGUUCUCCGGGGCAGCGAGCGCACGUGCGCAGAGUUGUUUUGUCUCUCGUGCUCGGACGUCUGAGGCCGAGCACGCCGCGGGCGGCGAUCGGACGUGGUGUCUCGGCGCGCUCGCGUCCCGACGCCGAGCGCGCUGUUUCCCCCCCCCCCCACCCCCCCCCCAGCGUCCGUGCACGGGCGUACGGCCCUGA